ACAUUUAACAUAAUUAUUUACACUGGAAAAGGCGACGGUGGACGAGAACUAAACCAUGCUCAGAAUGUAGUAAUGAAACUCAUACAAGAUUUUGAAAAUGAAGGGCGUAUUGUCGUAGCAGACAAUUUUUAUUCAUCUAUUGGACUAACGGAGGCUUUAAUUGACAAGAAAACAUUCUACUGUGGGACUUUGCGAUCGAACAGAAAAAGUUUAUCUAAACAUGUUGUCAGCACAAAAUUGAAGAAAGGCGACAUUAUAGGUAAAAUGAAUAAUAAAGGGAUUAAGGUAAUUAAGUGGUUUGAUAAACGUCCCGUUUUGAUGGUGACUACGUGUAAAAAUCAUGAUACCUCUCUUAAAAAGACUGGGAAGAAACAAAGAAGGACAAAUGAAGAAAUCUUAAAACCUGACUGUGUACUGACUUAUAACAAUUAUAAAAAAGGUAUUGAUUAUAGCGAUCACAUGUCUUCCUAUUACUCCACAUUAAGGCGUGGUCUUAAAUGGUACCGCAAAGUAAUGUUAGAGUUGCUUUUUGGAACGGCAGUAAUAAAUGCCUUGAUAGUGUAUAACCUAAAGAAUGAAAACAAAUUGACUAAAAAAGAGUUUAUUGAACAUAUAAUACAGAAGUUCUCGAAGAUGUCACUGCGAAAGCAACCAAGGAUUCCCUGGCACCGGUAUAAUUUUAUCUUUUUUUAUCAUUUGCAAGCUAACCUUUUUUACAGCUGGUUUCAUAACUUAAUCAUGGGUGAUAAAAAACGGAACUGCUCAGGAUGUUACGAUAGAUUACGCCUAACAUUAAGUAGCAAAGUAGCCCGAAAUAAAGUUAAAAAGGUUAAAACCAUGUGUGACGCAUGUAAAAAGACAUUAUGUCGAGAAUGCUACAAUGAAAAUCAUACGUCUAAUAUUACGGUAUGAUUCAUUAUAAAAGAUCUGUAAAAUAUAUAUUACAUUUUGUCGAUGACGAUGU